UCGGAGGCGCGCGCGCUGCAUUGUGGGGUGCUGGAGGCGAAGGCCGCGAUAGCGGCUUAGCGGCAGCUGCGUGGGGCUGGGUGGCGCAGCGGCAGCGGGGCCGAGGAGAUGGCUUCUUGGAGCGCGCCUUCGCCUAGCCUUGUAGAGUAUUUUGAGGGCCAGACCUCCUUCCAGUGUGGCUAUUGCAAGAACAACUUUGGCAGUCGUUCCUAUGGCAUGUGGGCACAUUCCAUGACCGUGCAGGAUUAUCAGGAUCUUAUCGACCGAGGAUGGCGAAGAAGUGGAAAAUAUGUGUACAAACCUGUCAUGAAUCAAACAUGCUGUCCUCAGUAUACAAUAAGGUGUCAUCCUUUACAGUUUCAACCAUCAAAAUCUCACAAGAAAGUUUUGAAAAAAAUGCUGAAAUUUCUGGCUAAAGGGGAGAUCCCAAAAGGCAAUUGUGAGGAUGAGCCCAUGGAUUCUACAAUGGAGGAUGCUGUUGAUGGUGACUUUGCAUUAAUGAACAAGUUGGAUAUAAAGUGUGAUCUUAAAACACUUAGCAGUGACCUCAAAGGAAGCAUAGAGAGUGAAGAGAAGGAGAAAGAAAAGAGUUUAAAGAAAGAAGGAUCUAAAGAAUUAAUCCAUCCACAAGCUAUAGAGGAGAAGUUGGGCUCUGGUGAACCAUCACAUUCAAUCAAAGUUCAUAUUGGUCCUAAGCCAGGUAAAGGGGCUGAUUUGAGUAAGCCUCCAUGUCGAAAAGCAAAGGAAAUGAGGAAAGAAAGGAAAAGGUUAAAACUGAUGCAGCAGGACUCAGCUGGAGCCUUCGAGGGUUUCCAGGCCCAAGGCCAGCCAGUGUGUUUGUUACCAAAGGCUAAAUCCAACCAGCCCAAGUCUCUUGAAGAUUUGAUUUUUGAAUCUUUACCAGAAAAUGCAUCGCACAAGUUAGAGGUGAGGGUGGUAAGAUCUUCUCCACCAAGUCCUCAGUUCAAAGCCACAUUUCAGGAGUCUUACCAGGUCUAUAAACGUUACCAGAUGAUUAUUCACAAGGAUCCACCUGAUAAGCCAACUGUGAGCCAGGUGAGGCUAGUACCUGCCUCCUUUGAGGACCCAGAGUUCAACUCAUCCUUCAACCAGUCCCUUUCUUUAUAUACCAAGUAUCAAGUGGCUAUACACCAGGAUGCACCUGUUAUGUGUGGAAAGUCUGAGUUUACAAGAUUCCUUUGCAACUCACCUUUGGAGGCAGAGCACCCUGCUAAUGGACCGGAGUGUGGUUAUGGCUCUUUUCACCAGCAGUACUGGCUUGAUGGGAAGAUCAUCGCUGUGGGAGUGAUAGACAUCCUUCCAUACUGUGUGUCUUCUGUGUAUCUGUACUACGAUCCUGAUUACUCAUUUCUGUCUUUGGGUGUCUAUUCAGCAUUAAGAGAAAUUGCUUUUACUAGACAACUGCAUGAGAAAACAUCGCAACUCAGCUAUUAUUAUAUGGGUUUCUACAUUCAUUCCUGUCCCAAGAUGAGAUACAAGGGUCAGUAUAGACCUUCUGAUUUGCUGUGUCCUGAGACGUAUGUCUGGGUACCCAUUGAGCAGUGCCUGCCUUCUCUGGAUAACUCCAAGUACUGCCGCUUCAACCAGGACCCACAAGCAGAGGAUGAAGGGCGCAGUAAGGAUCUUGACCGAUUACGGGUGUUUCACAGACGAUCCGCCAUGCCUUAUGGUGUUUAUAAGAACCACCAAGAAGACCCAAGUGAGGAGGCUGUUGUGCUGGAGUAUGCAAACCUUGUAGGGCAGAAGUGCUCGGAGAGGAUGCUGCUGUUCAGACACUGAAGGCUUGCAGCCCAGCCCAGCACCAGCCUGGGCUUUCCUGCCACGGGCCUGCCUGCGUCUCGGCUCCUGCCGCCACUCACCAAGUACAUUCGUAGAGCUUUUUAAAAAUAUUUUGUGGAAUUGUAUUUAUGAGAAUCUUGUGGUUAAUAUAAAGAUUUUAAAAUACUCUGUAAUCUAGUCCUUUAAUUGGGACUUGUCCUUUUGGAGUUUGCUUCUGGAGCACAGUGUAUUAAAUGUCUCUAGUAAAUAUUUGGGGAAGGAAAAAGAACUGAAUCUAAGUAAUUUCCUCACAGUUACUGUUUUGUCCUGGAGAAAUUCUGACACAGAGACUAUUCUUUUAGACCAGUGGUUCUUAACCUAAGGUUUCAUCACACCCACAUGGGCCAAAUGUUAGAUAACUUGUGUAUAAGAUUCAUUACAAUUCAUAAUUGUAGCAAAAUUACAGUUAUGAAGUAGCAGCAAAAUAAUUUUAUGGUUUGGGGGGCGUGUCACCAAAAUGUGAGGAACUAUAUUAAAGGAUCGAAGUAUUAGGAAGGCAAAGAACCACUGGCUAAGACCCAUGCAAGACAUUAGCUUAUGCUGGGAAAUUCAGGUGGGGUCAAAGGUGAAGAGCACAUUCCAUCACCAGGAAAUGUGCCUUUCCCACAAACCAAAACUCUGUUACUCUGUUUGAUAUUAAAUUCUGCCAGUGUUGUAGUAUAUUAUUAAUAGACAACCUGUAAAGGAAAUGUAAACAUUGCAAACAUUGGGUGUUCACUUUGGGUGUCUGUCCAGGAUGGUCCUGCCUAUGUCUAUUGUCUUGUCAUAAUUGUUUCCUGUCUCUAGUGUUCCCUUGUACCCCAAGAGUUAUCUCAGUUUGGAUGAUAAAAUAUGCAGUGACCUUAGUGGUGUUUGUUCUAUUUCUACAAAUAUAAGAAACAACUUUUUAAAGAAACGUAGUAACUCCUGCUUGAUCUGAGGCUUAUCCAAAGAAAAUAGAUUCCUACUUUCCAUUCUCUGGAAGUCAGACACUCUUGUGGUUAGUGAUAGACGUGAUUAUUAACUAGUCCCGUAGCUGUGCACAAGCUGUAGUGGAGUUGGUGGGGCCUAUAGCCUCUGCAUUCCUCUUCUUGUGGGUAACAAAGAGUCAGUGCUGCCACUGGUACUUGAGAAUGGAGACCAGCCACUUACUUCCAUCCUUGUGUUGUUGGGCCUUCUGCUUGCUCACCAAAUGCCUGCUGUCAAGGAGCAGGCAGCCAGCUGUUAAAGAGGCACGUCAGACAUGGUGGGAGAGGCUUCCCUCAAGUGUGAUGAAAGCUGGGUGCACAGGUUAGUUAGCUCUUUGUUCCUUCUCAGCUGGACCCUUCUGUGCUAUCUUCUGGCCUUGGAUCUGUUGAGCACCCCAUCCUACAGUGAGGGUACUGUUACUUUAUUUCUUUUUAUAAAAAUUACUCCAAUAGUAGCAUCUAAGAUGCUAAGAAAUUAAAAGUCAUUUGAAAUUCUCCCAGGCAUAGAGAAAGAAGCAUUAUAGAAACCCACAAAUCUCUAGUCCACCCCAAAUAAAAUCGUGCAUUCCUUGCUGUGUAGUCACCCUCAGUGAUAACUUGUGACUGUAUCUGAGAUUGAAGAUUGUAGAAAAUGUGACAGGCAAUCUCAGUAUUAUUAUGUAGAAUGGGAUCAGCAUAUAUGCCCUUGGCAUUGGGGAACCAGGCACCCUGCAUCCCCUUUUCCUGGUAGUGGCAUAUCCAUGCUACCAGAGUUUGGGUUAGUCCAAUAUCUCACCCUAGCUCUGAGUUCCUCCUGCAGAGAAUAGAGGGAAAUGGCUCAUUGUCCCUGUUUCUGUACUGAUGAGCCUACCGUAGGGCGGCCGCAGUGAGGCUUCAGAGCAACUGGGGCAUGAAAACUCUUCAGCUCAGUUGCUAUGUUCUCAUUCUCCCUCCCUCCCUCUCUCUAUUCAGAGAUGUGCCCUUGGGUAGGGCUAAGGAGAUAGCCCAGCUAGUAGAGUGCCUGAGUUCAGUUCUCUAGAGCCCAUGUAAAAUGCUGGGUCUGGUAGGCCAGCGACCUAGCCACUGGGCAUUGAGCCACUGAGAGACCCUGUCUAAAAGGAGGUUGACAGCAUUUAUGAGGACAUUGUUGUCCUUUAUACAUGGGUGACAAAAAGGAGCUUGCUAAUAUUUUGAGCUGUCUAGUGAAGUGUCCAUCACAGCUAGGGCAGGACAGUCAAGAAAAAUAUCCUGACUUGGCAUUUUUGCAAAGUCUAACUGAGGUAUCUGAUUCUGUCUGUGAUGUUCAUCUAAAGAAAGAUGCGUGGAAGCCUUUCAGGGACAGUGCCUGUCUUCUCCAAGCGUCCAGGUCUGUGUGUUCCAUCUUCUUUAGGCCCCUUCUGAGUUCAGGUAGAGUCACACUUCCCUCCGUGCCUGACAGCACAGGGGUCAUUUUGGUUCGCAAUAUACCAUUUUUAUUUAAAUUAUUUUCAGUUCUCUGAGAUUUUUGUUACUUUUAUUACAGGUAAUCUGAGCACUUUUAUAUUCUAAGGUAGAAGCUAUAUUAUCAGAUGAAUAUAUCCACUCAAUUAAAAUUAUUUAGAUAAAAUUAUUGUUUUUCUUUCAAGCAAUCUAUCCUAUUUUUAUCCAUUUGCAAAUGCCAGUUUUGUGUGGUUUCUUAGCAUAUCAAGAUUAUUAUGUAGAAGAAUGUUUCUAGCUUUCUGAACAAUAAAUAGUUUGGUUUAUAAAUAUUGUAUUAUUUCAGUGUGAAUAAAGGUGAGAGAGAAUACAAACAUUUAACCAAAGUGAUUCUACUGUGGCUGACUUAAUAAAAGAGAAGAAGGAAAUGAGUGGGGACUUGGUAUGUUUGAAUUACAAGUUAUUCAAAUGUGUGCUCCUCUCCUAAGGAACUACUAGCUAGAAGGCAAAAUAACUGAUUGCAUUGGAUAUUUUUGCUCUUGUAAAAAAGCACCCCCCCCCC